AUGACGGGUCUGACUCUGCUUUUAUCCGAGAUAAAGUAGGCAUAACUGUGCGAUAUUUUAUGAACAUUGGAAUCACAGUCAUUCUUGGUAAGUUUCAAUAUUUGCCUCAACUAUAAAUGUACAUAUUAACUAAUUAUCAGCCUAUGACUGAGCAUUUAUUAUUUUGAUGACAAACCUGUGUGCGUCUUUUUGACAGCUGUCUUGGCUGGACUUCUACAUUGGUAAGUUCAUUAUCCAGGUACUGUAUGUUGUUAUAACCUAUCUAGUAAGCCUCAGCAGCCAAUGCUGGCCAGAUGCAGAAAUGUGGAUGUAAUUAGUCUAAAGGAUUAGGCCUAUACUUCAUUCAGUCAAGUCAUUCAGUCUGACAGACAGACACUUCCCCUUGCUGAUGUGAUGUCUAAAUCUUUGUUUAGGGCUCAUCUAACAAACCUCUUUGAAAAUGACAAACACUUUUCACACCUAUCUUCAAUUGAAAAAGAAAUGGCUUUCCGCACUGAAAUGGUAAGAGGAAUGUUGAGAUGGGCCAAUUGUAACUUACAUUUAACAAAUUUCCCUCCUGUCCCUCACUGCUUCACACUUCUGCCAUCCCAAGGGGGCUUUAGAUUUGACAUCCUGUGUUAUUGAAGAAAUUGACACAUUGUUACAAAAAUAGGCUUAUCUGCAAUUUCAGCAUCCAGUUCACUCACAUGUUGGUUUUAUUUUGCAGGGUCUGUAUUAUUCCUAUUUCAAGGUCUUCAUCAAUGCGCCAUCCUUUUUGCAUGGGCUCCGCCUGAUCAUGAACGACAGGUUCUCUGAGUACCCUCUUGUGAUCAAUGCUCUGAAGAGGUUCAAUCUGUACCCAGAGGUACAGUAGGAGUUGGAACUAUGUCAUUAUUUUGCAAGCAAGAUUUUUGAAUUUUGUAAAUAUGCAAAUUAUGACAAUUCUUUAUGUCACCAAACAAAGACAAAUGAGAAACAAUGGCUAUCAUUUAAUUUGGCAGUGCAGUGAACAUUGUAUUGCUCUUGUAAUGUUUAUUUCGUUACAGUGUGUAUUCCAGUGAUCCCCUCUCUGUUGAUAGGUUUUCCUUGGCAGCCUGUUUAGGAUUUACACUGGCACCAUGGACUUCUUUGGAAUCCCCACCAAGGCAUGUUGGAAUGUCACCAGAGCAGAUGGACUGAAUCCAGUAGAGAGCUGUGAAGGUACAACUACUCCUAGAACAUAACUGCGUUAGGCUUGGGCGAUACCCCGGUAUAAACGGUAUACGGUAUAAACGGUAUAUUUCGAAAUACCGACGUAUGAUUUUGGGGUUGGGGGCUACCCCGCCUAACUAUAACAAAUCUAAGAUGUGUCAAUUAAAUUAUAUCCAGCUCAGGGCUCCAGCUUUGCAUUUGGUUUGCUAACUUGCUAGCUAAUUGGCUAGAUGUUAAUAACAAGCUUCUUGGUUACAGCAGAGACAUUCUAGCCUGAGUGCCUUGCUGAGUACAGUCUCUUUAGCUAACAUUCCACUCCUUGCCACUCCUUGUCAUUUGCAAAGACUGGCCUUUCUGCCAUCUUCAAAUAUGAACAUUCUAUCAUUAAUGAGCUCGAGGAGAACAGGAGUUGAUCCUGAUUCGAUAACCCUCACAGCUAUCCUCCAAUCACAACGAUAAUCCAAAUAUUGGAAGUCUCACUUUUUUUCUCCACAGAACAUGUUGGUAUCCGGUUGCUAAGCAACCAUUUUUUGUUUGUCCAGAUUAAACCAGUCUGUCAAAAAAUUGCUAGCUCACCUCUAAAUUCUCAAGCUAAAUACAUAAUGCAAUUCCAACCACAAAACCUCGUUACCAAGCCUCAAAAUACAACAACUUGCCUAGCUAACAGCUAAAUGUUUGUUUUUGACUUUGUAAUCAUUCUAAUUCUAUUUUCAAGGCUCAACAUGUUGUCAUGGAAAAUAUUAAUAUUAUUUCCAACAACCAAUGAGCAACUCCACCAUAAAUCCAGCUGCAUAUUGAACGUUGAGAUUUUCUCUUUGUCAAUGACAUGGAGUGGCAAGGAGUACUCGUGCACGACUCCAGGAUUUUUGGAGUCGACUCCGAGUCCUGUAGUUGGAGUCGACUCUUGCUCGACUCCGAAAACACGCAGAAACGGAUGCGUACACACCACCUCACUAUUGCAGAGUCCAGAAGGAAGGCUACAUUUGCGUUCUUGAGGACUGACAUGAGUAUGAUGCUGACCAUUUGGUCAUCAAUUUAGCCUAUAAAAGGCCUAUUUUGUUUGAAUAUAGGUGAUCACAUGACAUGGGAUGAUGCGGGGCACUACGCUGAUAAAUCUAUUAUUUGCAAUGUUAUAGCCCUAUUCGGACGGGUAUUACUAGAGACGUUGGUUUUGUAAUUAUUAUGCAAGAAUGUGCGUUAUUCCAGAGGACGAUUCACACGAUACAUUUCCCCCCCUGUAAUUCAAUUAAAAAAGAUAUAUAAUUUACUCUUAUGACGGAAGCCUGGAUGUUUUUAUUGUAGGCGUGAAGAUAUUUGAAGAUAUUUCAACGACAUAGGCUACACUGAUGACUCGUGCUUGGCUGCCAAAUGUAUAGAUGUCCCCAUAAUAUUUAAAUGGAUGAAGUGUGAUCAUUAUCAUUAUUUUAGCGAUCCACGGUAGACGUCCUUCCUAAUAACAAUGCCCCUCUUCUUGCUGAUUUGAGCUGCUGAACCAAUAUUUGCACUUGAGAUGCGUUUAUGGAUGAGAAAGUGGACUUGCCAUUUCAAAAAGUUUAGCGGGGAUGCCCUGCUUUGCGAUCUAUUGCCUAGGACAGAGCUCUCCAACCCUGUUCGUGGAGAGCUACCAUCCUCUAGGUUCACUCCAACCUUAAUCUAGCCCAUCUGAUUCAAUAAUUAGUUGAUAAACUGAAUCUGGUUAGUUACAACUGGGGUUGGAGCGAAAAACUACAGGACGGUAGCUCUCCAGGAACAAGGUUGAAGCCCUGACCCAGGACAUCAACAGCCAGUCAGGGUUUCAUUAAAUAGGAAAUAGGCACAAUACUUUUUAUUGCACCUAAUUAAACGGAUGCAUUUGGAGAUGUUCACUGGCACUAUGAAGAAUAGCUUUGCCAUACUCAUUGAUAGCCUAAUAUAUACUUUUAAUAUACUUUUGGUGAAUUUACGAGGCAUUACUAGACAAGACAUAACGAGAUACAGAUUACCAAAAUAUAGCCUAUGCGCAUGGUUCCGACAGUCUGUCUGCCUGGCCGGAUCCUCUCUCUCCCUCGCUGGCUCGCCUGCUCUUUCUCUUCGCUAUGAAAAUGCUAGUGUGUGUUUGGUCUGUUGCUUGUAGAGUAGCUCAGACGACUCAUUGAUAGCCCAUACUUUAGUGAACUUGCGCGAGACAUUGCAAGCCAAGACAUUUCUAAAUACAGCAUUGCGAUAGCCUAUAUAAUUUGAUUACCAAUGCACGGUUCUGACUUUCUGCCUGGUGGCCGAAAUGCCUAUGCCUGGCUGUGUCCCUCCCCCCUCUCUCUCUCCAUUGCUAGCUCACUCUUUCUUUGAGUGAAAGUUGCAAGAGUUUGUUCUCCAAGUAGACGACGGCAAGUAGUUCCUCCGUUACAAAAAUACUGAAUCUUAGGAGUCGAUUCCUAGCGGAAUCGAAGCUUGACAUCCAGAAAUGGGAGUCGACACCGGGAAUCGACGGGCAAGGAGUCGAGGAAUCGAUUAUUUUGGAUUCGACUCCCCACCACUAGCAAGGAGUAGAAUGUUAGCUGAAAAGACUGGUACGCAGACUAUAGACAUUCAAUCCCCUCCUGGAUCAAGAUCCCUGUUGCCUAAAUUGUUAUUGAAUUUUUUUUUAUAGCGCCCCUUGUGUGCACUUCUGAUAAUACUGUAUACCCUGGUAUGGUACAGAAACGGUAUAACGGUUUGAAAAGCUGGAUACUGCCCAAUCCUACUAUGCAUUGUAAAUAACAUCCUGUAGUAACAUAGUGUGUCACACUGUCAGGACUGGGAGGCACAGUAAAUUGACACCGUGAAUAUAAUUUUCUCCCACUUCUAGGCAUGGGGGAUGCAGCCUACUUCUAUGUCUCCUGUGUCUUCCUGCUUAAUGGGGUAAUGAUGAGCCUGUUCUUCCUCUACGGGACUUACCUAAGGUAAAGAGUUCUUAAACUGUUGUUGGUUUCUCACUAGCCUGGUCCCAGAUCUGUUUGUUUUGUUGCAUACUCCAUGCUGUCAUGUAAGCCAUGACAAGGAGUGCCAUGAUGGCACAAACAGACUGGUACCCAGGCUAGUUUAUCACUAUGGUGUUCCAUAAAACAAUCGUCUUGGGUAUCCAUGCUGUUUUGGUGCCCCUUGCCACUCUAGGAGACAAUCUGAUGUUUUUUGGGGGGGUUUCUUUCCAGUGGCAGUCGUCUUGGAGGUGUCGUCACCGUCCUGUGUCUCUUCUUCAACCAUGGAGAGGUGAGAGUUUCGCACUUUGGAGCUGUGUACUCAUAGUGCAAUCCAUAUGAAAGUUUCCUCACUGUGCAAUUCAUGUUUUGCAACUCUUAUCUCCCUCACUAACUUUAAGCAUCAGUUGUCAGAGCACCUUACCGAUCACUGCACAUGUACACAGCCCAUCUGAAAUUAGCCCACCCAACUACCUCAUCCCUAUAUUGUUAUUUAUUUUGCUCUUUUGCACCCCAGUAUCUCUAUUUGCACAUAAUCUUUUGCACAUCUAGCAUUCCAGUGUUAAUACUAAUUGUACUGGACUAAUUGGACUUCCUGACGGGCCGCCCCCAGGUGGUAAGGGUAGGUAACAACACAUCUGCCACACUGAUCCUCAACACAGGGGCCCCUCAGGGGUGCGUGCUCAGUCCCCUCCUGUACUCUCUGUUCACCCAUGACUGCAUGGCCAGGCACGACUCCAACACCAUCAUUAAGUUUGCCGACGACACAACAGUGGUAGGCCUGAUCACCGACAACGAUGAGACAGCCUAUAGGGAGGAGGUCAGAGACCUGGCCGUGUGGUGCCAGGACAACAACCUCUCCCUCAACGUGACCAAGACAAAGGAGAUGAUUGUGGACUACAGGAAAAAAAAGAGGACUGAGCACGCCCCCAUUCUCAUCGACGGGGCUGUAGUGGAACAGGUUGAGAGCUUCAAGUUCCUUGGUGUCCACAUCACCAACGAACUAUCAUGGUCCAAACACACCAAGACAGUCGUGAAGAGGGCACGACAAAGCCUAUUCCCCCUCAGGAGACUAAAAAGAUUUGGCAUGGGUCCUCAGAUCCUCAAAAAAUUAUACAGCUGCACCAUCGAGAGCAUCCUGACUGGUUGCAUCACCGCCUGGUAUGGCAACUGCUUGGCCUCUGACCGCAAGGCACUACAGAGGGUAGUGCGUACGGCCCAGUACAUCACUGGGGCAAAGCUCCCUGCCAUCCAGGACCUCUAUACCAGGCGGUGUCAGAGGAAGGCCCUCAAAAUUGUCAAAGACUCCAGCCACCCUAGUCAUAGACUGUUCUCUCUGCUACCGCACGGCAAGCGGUACCGGAGUGCCAAGUCUAGGUCCAAAAGACUUCUCAACAGCUUCUACCCCCAAGCCAUAAGACUCCUGAACAGCUAAUCAUGGCUACCCGGACUAUUUGCACUGCCCCCCCACCCCAUCCUUUUUACGCUGCUGCUACUCUGUUAAGUAAGUAUUUAUGCAUAGUCACUUUAACUCUACCCACAUGUACAUAUUACCUCAACUACCUCAACUAGCCGGUGCCCCCGCACAUUGACUCUGCAACGGUACCCCCCUGUAUAUAUAGCCUCCCUACUGUCACUUUUUUACUGUAUAUAUAGCCUCCCCACUGUCACUUUAUUUUACUUCUGCUCUUUUUUUCUCAACACUUUUUUUGUUGUUGUUUUAUUCUUACUUUUUUUGUUUAAAAUAAAUGCACUGUUGGUUAAGGGCUGUAAGUAAGCAUUUCACUGUAAUGUCUGCACCUGUUGUAUUCGGCGCAUGUGACCAAUAAAAUUUGAUUUGAUUUGUAAUUAUUUUGCACUAUAGCCUAUUUAUUGCCUUACCUCCAUAACUUGCUACAUUUGCACACACUGUAUAUAUAUUUUCUGUUGUAUUUUAUGACCUUAUGUUUUUUUUUACCCCAUAUGUAACUCUGUGUUGUUGUUUUUAUCGCACUGCUUUGCUUUAUCUUGGCCAGGGCGCAGUUGUAAAUGAGAACUUGUUCUCAACUGGCUUACCUGGUUUUGUUGAGAUGAAUGUCUUUUGAUUGUUGCAUACAGUGUAUGUAAACUGUAUCAUAGAUCAUUAUGGGGGUUGGCUGGUGGUGAGUGCUAUCUUAACUCAUGCUAUAUAUUCCAGAGCACUCGGGUCAUGUGGACUCCACCGCUGAGGGAGAGCUUCUCCUAUCCCUUCUUUGUCCUGCAGAUGCUGCUGUUAACAUAUAUUCUCAGGUAUAUUCAGUUCACAUGCCAUUGAUCUAAACUAUUUACAACCAUCUUGGGCUUCACCACUCUUUUCAAAGCCCUAUCUGUGUUUUAUGACUUAGAUAAAUGAAUAUACACUGGUGUACAAAACAUUAGGAACACCUUCCUAAUAUUGAGUUGCACCCCUUUUUGCCAUCAGAACAGCCUCAAUUCGUCAGGGCAUGGACUAGAAGGUGUUGAAAGCUUCCCACAGGGAUACUGGCCCAUGUUGACUCCAAUGCUUCCCACAGUUGUGUCAAGUUGGCUGGAUGUCCUUUGGGUGGUGGACCAUUCUUGAUAAACACGGGAAACAGUUGAGCGUGAAAAACCCAGCAGCGUUGCAGUUCUUGACACACUCAAACCGGUGUGCCUGGCACCUACUACCAUACCCUGUUCAAAGGCACUUCAAUCUUUCGUCUUGCCCAUUCACCCUCUGAAUGGCACACAUACACAAUCCAUGUCUAGAUUGUCUCAAGGCUUAAAAAUACUUAUUUAACUUGUCUCCUCCCCUUCAUCUACACUGAUUGAAGUGGAUUUAACAAGUGACAUCAAUAUGGGAUCAUAACUUUCACCUAGGUUCACCUGGUCAGUCAUGUCAUGGAAAGAGGUGUUCCUAAAUGUUUUUGUACACUCAGUGUAUGUCACUGAUUAUUAAUUAAUUCAAAUAAUACUGUUGUCUUUGUACGAUUUUGUAGGCAUUCCAACCCUGAAAGAAGAUCCUUAGUAGCUAUUGGUGCUUGCAAUGUUUUGUUCCUUCUUCCUUGGCCAUUUGCCCAGUUUGUUUUGCUAACUCAGGUAAAUAAAUCCACACUUAGGUAAAAACACAUGCCUGGAAAAUAGCCUGGUAACAUUCCUGUGGAUAUACCAGUCAAUUUACAAGAUUAUGUUUAUGUACUGAAGAUCCUCAGCUGUACAAUAAUCGUGACAAUGAAUUGAAAUGCCUAUGUUGUCUGUGUCUUCAGGUUGCAUGCCUGUUUGCCUGUUAUUUUAUGGGCUAUCUCUCCACUGCCAAGAUGAAAUCACUACUUGUUGUGCAUCUGGUAAGUAUUACUACUGAAUUGAUAUUUAGGCAUAAUCAUCACAGGUUUAAGACUUAGAAACAUACUAGUAUCUGCUAUUUUUGUGAAAUGAUCAUAGAACAGUUCCAACAUGAACAAUGUUCAUCAAUUAUUUUUAUUUGCUGAACAAAAGUUAUUUCUCCUUUCAGACUUCAUUUGCCAUCUGCUUUGUCUUGCUGUUUGGGAAUUUGGCACUUUUUACAUCUUUUUACAUUUCUUCCCUCGUUGCUGGCUGGGUGAGUAGACUGGGAAAUAGACUGCAAUGCCUGAAUACACAAGUGUCAUUCUGUCACACCUCAUUCCUGUAUGGUGGUGUUUUCCAGGCCAUCAUCGCACUGCGAGAUGAUAUCACAAGAGUCUGCAAACCUGGAAUCGUCACAAUUGUAUGAAAUCCUGUUUGAAUAAUUGUUGUUUAUAAUAAUGUUAGUUAUUUAGUUACAUGCAGGGGUUAAUUGGUGAAACUACGUUCCUCAGAAUUGGCCAUUUUCCCAUGACCUUUUAUAAGAUAAAUAUAUUGAAUUCCCAUGGUAUUAUACCAUCCCAAGGGUCUCCACUCUAUACCCCCAAUCGUAACAUGCAAUUACACAGCAUUAUUUAGUGGCAGAGUGCGACAUAUUACAGGUUUUGAGUGUUAACUUUUUCCUCUAAAUCCUCAGCUUGUCCAAGGUAUUGCCUGGUUUACCUCUACUGUGCUUCUCAAAUUCUUCAUGUCGUUCAUCCUCGGAGUAUCCAAUGAUGUAAGUUCUUAGAUGAAAGUCUGUUCAGCAUGAUCUCAACGUGGGCUAUGAGUGACCCAUGAAAUAAAAAUACAAUGUUAUUUGUUCCCCACAAUGUAUUCCUCCUCCCUUUCUCUUUCACUGAUGGAGUCUACUCAUUUAAUGUCAUUCUCACACUUCCUGUUUCAAUGUUUCCAUAUGAAGGUGUGAAUGUCUGCAUGACUUUAACAUCAUCGUGUGUUUCUCUAUUUUUCCCACAGGCUCACAUUGGCAACUUGAUCAGAUCCAAGUUGACCAACUACAAGGAUUUCCACACGUUGAUGUGCACCUGUGCUGCAGAGUUCGACUUUAUGGAGCUGGAGGUAGGUUUAAUUUCAUGAGUGCUGCCUCUGAGCUUACUUUUGACGGUACUAUUUGGUUGUUGAUUUUAUAAAUUUUUUAUGGCUAAGUGUUAUUUUUUUAUACUGUAUUCUGUUUCCAGACUUUGUUGGGAUACGUUAAGACAUUGAUACUCCCGGUAAACAUAGUUAUUGUGGGCAUCAUUUCUGGAAAGGUGAGACACAUUAUUCUCGAUUUUGGCAUUGCUGCUCAUUUAAGUCAAUUUGAGUGUCUAAUGUAGUAUUAUAAAUAAUUCCUUUGAAGGCAAUUAAAGAAGUCUGGAGAUCUCUUAGGCGCGAAAUAAUUUACUCUAAAGAAGACAUCGAUAUUGACACUGAGCAGUAAGUAAUUUCCAAUCCAACAAGUCGCAUUGUAUUAUAUUCACUGGACACUAGCUCCACCUACUGUCUUUAUGGUAUACAGACAGACUGCUGAUAGCUUCCUGCAACAUUGUUGUGUUGUUUGUGACUCAUGCAAACAUCUUCUAUCAUAUUUUAGGCCGGCACAGUUUGCUAAUGGGGAGGUAAGCCAACUUAGCUACUUAUUUUCACUUUCAAACCAACAUCACAGCCCAUAUUAGCAGCAGUUUUUUGCAGCUAUUUUCCUUGAAGGCACAAUGACUCGUGAAUCAUUACAGCGCUCAUAACUUCCACUGUGUUUCCCUGCCUGUGUGUGUGUGUGUGUGUGUGUGCGCGUGCGUGUGUCAGAUGGUGUACCAUAGUCUGCAGCUGGUGGCCUUUGCCGUGCUGGCGAUCUUGGUCAUGAUAAUCAAACUCUUCCUGGCCCCGCUCAUGUGCCUCAUGGCCUCCCUGAUCUGCUCUAGACAGGUGAGACGUCUGUAGACAGACACUGACCGAGACAAACAGACAGACAGACAUGGAGAGACAAUAGAAAUCACAUGGGUCACUUUCCAUUUUCUUUAAUUGACCUCCCUCAUACCAGCUAUAGAAGCUAUGCUGAAACAAAUGAAUAUCUUAUUAGUACUCCACCAUAGUCAGCAUUAGGGUUAGUAACUGGACUUUGGUCCAGGCAGUCAGAGCACAUCAUAGUGAAAACAUCCCCCAAAUCAAAUGUCCUUGUGAAUGGAUUUAUAAUAAUGUCUAUAAUAAAGACUGUCUGAUAAUUGAUCUACGUUGGUUCUUCAUUGAUCUACCGUGGUCCUCUGUAGCUCAGCUAGUAGAGCACGGCGCUUGUAAUGCCAAGGUAGUGGGUUCAAUCCCUGGGACCACCCAUACACAAAAAAAAUUAUGCACGCAUGACUGUAUGUCGCUUUGGAUAAAAGCAUCUGCUAAAUGGCAUAUUAUAUGUUCUCCAAUGCUCCGCAGUUGUUUGGCUGGAUAGGGGAGCACUUCAAGCGCCACAUCACUGUGUUUGGCAUCCUGUCCAUCAUGGCCAUCCAGGGCGUGGCCAACUACCAGAGCCAGCGAGGAAUCGUGGGAGACUUCAGUAACCUGCCUCAGGAGCAGCUCCUGGAGUGGAUCAAUGCCAACACCAUGCCCAGUGAGUCAUGUAAUGUUACGACAUAUUCCUAGCGUGUGCUUUUCAGGGGCCAGAGAUUAGUGGGUAUACAGUAGAAGGCUGAGCUAGUUCAGUUGCUGCUAAGCUCUGUAGAUGCAUUACUAUCUAGGAUAGAUCUGAAUUAGUGUAAUUAUUGUAACGCAAUAAAAUAAAAUUGUAUUUGUGUGUGAUCCAAGAUGCUGUGUUUGCUGGCUCCAUGCCAACCAUGGCGAGUGUGAAACUGUCCACUGGUAGAGUCAUCGUGAAUCAUCCCCACUACGAGGACACUUGGCAGAGGUAAGACUGCUACAAUUCCCCUAUGGGUUAUGCAUUGCAGUAAUAUCUGAUGAGGCACAACCCAUUGUGUUUGUCAGUAAGUAACGUAUAAUAUAUUCCCACAGGGAAAGGACCAAGUUGGUGUACACCAUGUACAGUCGGAAACCGGCCAAGGAGGUGAAGAGGAAUCUGAUGCAGCUGCAGGCAGACUACUUCAUCCUGGAGGACUCUUGGUGUAACCGACGCUCCAGGUAAACAGGGUGGUAUUAUUAAGCAUACCAUAGCAAAACGUUUUGCCAUAGAAAAUUAAAACACGUUUCUUAUUGGCCACUUUCCCUCCCCAUUUCAGUCCAUUUACUUCCUUUUGGUGCCUAAUGAACAAAGCCCUGUAGUACUAUGUUCUCUCAAUCUCUGAUUCCCAUCUAACUGUGCUAUACUUCACAGGCCAGGCUGCAGCAUGCCUGAGAUCUGGGACGUGGAGGAUCAGGAGAACAGAGGAAAGUUGCCGCUAUGUACCCUACUGUCCAUCGACUCCCGGCCUCACUUCACCACAAUGUUCCAGAAUAAAGUCUACAAAGUGCUGAAAAUCCCCAAAGAUGCCAAAUAA